AUGCACGAACGAACGCCCACAGAGCAGCAGGAGCACGACGCUCGGCGCGUCGUAGCUACCGCCGCCAGGUGGAUCAACUGGAUGCUCCAUGUCCCUGCCGUCCGCAAGCACUCUGGAACGCUAGCUGCAACGUUGCAUCCAAUCGGGUGGAGCCAGGCGCCGUCGAAUGCCAAGACCCAGAGGUCUGGCGGUGGCCCCAUGCGUCCCGACACGGGUCGAGUGGACCACACCAUGCCGUGGUGCACGAGCACGAACGUCAACUUGCACAAAGUCAUCGACCCCAGCCUUGUCGCAAGAAGGACGGAUGAUCCGUGCUCUCUAGGCAAUUCUACCUAA